AUGAGGAGCAUAGCGUCUUGUUACAAUGAAAAUGCCAUAAAAGUGUCGGGUUCUUAUUGUUCAGGCCCUUCAAACCAACCCUAUCUCUCCCCAAGCUUUGCCCCUUCAACCCCAAACACCGUGAAAUGUAUGUACAAAGCUAGUCUCUCCUCUCAAAGACACGUCCUCCUCACCCUCACAUGGUCCAACAAUCGCCUCGGCCACCGCCUAACGAUCAACGUCGGCGAAACCGCAUCGAAACACGGCCCGAACUCGCACCGUCUCACUAAGAGCAAAGGCAGCAAGACGUUCAAAGCCUGCAAUUCAGAGAUUGAAGUCAUUUGGGAUGUUUCCGACGCUCGGUACGUCAAUGGACCCGAACCGAGCUCCGGGUUUUCGGUCAUCGUUUUAGUCGAUUCGCAGCUCUGUUUAUCUCUUGGGGAUAUGAGCAUUUUUCAUACGAAUGAACAACAAAAUCCAACACCCGAAUUUUCAUUGGUUUCGAGGAGUGAUGUUUUCAUAGGCACCACCAGCGUAUACUCAACAAAGGCACAGUUUUGCGUCAAAGGAUUGGCUCACGACAUAUUGAUCAAAUGCAACGAAGAAAAAGGGAAACAGAAAGGGUUUAAAAACCCUGAAUUGACGGUCACCAUUGAUGAGAAGAAGAUGUUUCAAGUGAAGAGAUUGAGGUGGAAUUUCAGAGGGAAUCAGAUAAUAUUUCUGGAUGGAUUGUUGAUAGAUGUGAUGUGGGAUUUGCAUGACUGGCUGUUUAACCAGACAUCAGGCUGUGCUGUGUUCAUGUUUAGGACAAGGAGUGGAUUAGAUUGCAGGCUUUGGCUGGAAGAAAAAAACAGCAAGUUGGAAGAACAGAAGCUAAAGGAAAGAGAUGAGUUCUCCUUGGUCAUGUGUGCUUGUAAGAAUCCCGACUAA